GAAAGCUGUCGUCAACUGAAGUGCAGAGUGUGCAUGAGUUGUGGGCUUUACUUAACUCAAAUAAUUAAUUUUAAAGUAAACACACAUCACAAUUCACAAAUUCAUUACACCCUCAUGGAUGAAGAAACAUUGCAGACAUCAAUUUCAGCAUACAAACAGCAGCUUCAGCAGGUGGAGACAGUACUGCUAAGUGCAGGAGCCGAGGGACAAACAGAGCUGCUUCAACUCCGAGAGGAUUUGCAGCAGGUUAUUCAACUGACCGAAGAGAGCCUUCUGUCACUCAAGAAGAGCAAACUGCUGAGCCUCGUGGAUGGCACGUCAUCAGCCGAGACCAGCAGCUCAUUCGUGAACCCUGCGUCUUCCUCAGGAGAUGCACAGGUGCAGCAGGGGCACUCGUCAGCCUCAGGUUCCUCCUCGGGCAAGUUUGAGGAGGAAUAUGCUGCAUUUCAGGCAGCUCUUGCUGAUGAGGAAGAAACAGUUGCCCCACCCCAAUCAUCAAAUGCAUCAUCCUCUACGGGAUCCAUCUCUCAGUGGUCCAAAGAGAUAACCAAUGCGGAGGUGGGUGAAGAUGACAGUGGAGGCGAAGAGGAGGACGAUAUAUGCGGCACCAAGUGCAGCGUGGAUUACAUGGAGGAGUGGGGCGGCAGGCAACGACACAAUGCUGUAGUGCUGUGUGUUGAGCCCAGGAACAGUCUCAAGGAAGAGGCUUCACUCAGGGUUUUGUUCUGCAACCCUACCUCCAAAUCCAUGAGGCCGUGUCCCUACUUUCUGGAAGGAACCUGCCGAUUCACAACAGAGGAUUGUAGGUUUUCCCAUGGAUAUGUUGUAAAGCUGUCCGAGCUGCAUGCCUUCAAAGAGCCAGACUUUAGUUUACUGAAGCUAGAAGCCCCGUGCCUAGCCAGAUACAGUGAUGGUAUCUGGUACCCAGCCUCCAUUCAGCACAUAGACCAGGAUAAACACCAAGUAGCAGUGCAGUUUGAGUCGUAUGGUACUACAGAAACACUUGACAUAGAAAGUAUACUCCCAUCAGAGCAAAGGGAGGAAUCGUCACCGUCUUUGUCAUCGUCCAGUGAUGACGACUAUGACAAUGAGGAAGAUAAAGCCAACCUCCCAUCCACCAGCUACUCGAGAUCAGUUGAGCAGCAGGAAGAGAAGGAGGAGGACGAGGGAGAUUUUCCCCGCAUCGCCUGGAGACCGUCGGGGGAUGGAAUCCCCCUGGGAGAAUGGGAGGCACACACCAGGGGGAUUGGCUCCAUGCUAAUGGCCAAAAUGGGCUAUGAGUUCGGGAAAGGAUUAGGAAGGAACGGUGAGGGAAGAGUGGAACCAGUUGAAGCUGUGAUUAUUCCACAGGGUAAAUCACUUGAUAAAUGCAUGGAGCUUCGAGAAAUGAAGAAACUUGGCAUUGUGGGUAAGCCAAAGAAGAAGAAAGGGAAGGGCAAAGGUCACCACCACAGCCAGGGAGGGUCAUCCUCAUCCAGUGGCCAACACAGGGAGAAAGAAAACGUCUUUGACUUCAUCAACAGGAAAUUAGGCGGCAAGAAAACCAAAAUCACAGAGCUAAUUCAGCAAAACUCCAACAACAGGAACUUCCAAGGGAAGGACCCCUCAAAGGACAAGCAGGAGAAGCCAGGCAGGAAACUCAACAUACAGCUUGUGAGGACAGAGGAAGACAUCCGAAGUACUGAGAAGCAGCUUAUGAGGUUACAAGAGUCGCUGCAGAGAAACCAAAGGGACAAGCUGACAGCAUCCAAGAUCAAGGAGAAGAUAGAUGCCACAGAGCGGCUACUACAAAAUCUCAAAUCUUACGAGAGCAAGAUCAAGAGACAGCAGAACAACAGAGAGGAACACCGGAAACUCACCGUCUUCUGAAUGGUUGCCAACCAGUCCUGUUUCAAGACUUUCAGUGUUUGUUUUGGUUGGCUGAUGCAAUGUGUGGCGUAACACACUCACGAAGAUUUGCUUGCUGAGCAGGUCUCUGGUCAGUCAUGUCUUUGGCGUAUGCAGUGUAUUCAGUGCCAGGGAUGUGUAUGAAUACACAUUCGUAAAUACCUCAGUUUCCCUAUUCAACAACCUGCAACAUGACCGCGUAUUAACCCCUUCGCUACGGAGGACUGCUACUACCGCAC